AUGUUGGUAGUUGAGAUAUUUAAUUUUGUAUUCUUAGGAGUUAGAAACAAAUGGACCGAUCGUACUGCGUAGAUAAGCAGACUUUAUCAAUUUAGUGUAUAUCAAAAAUUUUAACUCCAGUAGUCCACAGUAUCAAUUUAGUGUAUUCCAAUAAUGUUUUCAGCUUUAGUGGGAGCCAUGGCUGCACAAACUAUCAUCUCUACUGCUGCAACUCAUCCUUUCAUUUUCCCAAUUGCUGCCCCAAACACCACACCUUCCGCUUCACUCCAUUCUUUACUUGAUGUCAAUGUCAAUGUCAAGUCUACUACUGGCCAAUCACUGAGCCUCGCUGCAGUAACUGCCCCUAAACCAAUUGCUUCAACCAAGAAGGCUGUUGCUGUUCUUAACGGCAACUCUAAUGUCCAAGGCGUUGUCACAUUUACCCAAGAGAAUGAUGGUCCAACCACGGUGAAAGUUCGUUUAACAGGACUUACUCCCGGACUUCAUGGGUUCCAUCUACACGAAUACGGUGAUGUUACAAAUGGUUGUAUGUCUACAGGAGCCCAUUUCAAUCCUACCAGCAAAACACAUGGAUCUCCUGGAGAUGAAACCCGUCAUGCGGGUGACCUGGGAAACAUAGAGGCUAAUGCUGAUGGCAUAGCUGAAGCAACAAUAAUAGACAACCAGAUACCAUUGACUGGUCCAAAUUCAGUUGUUGGAAGAGCGCUCGUGGUUCAUGAGCUUGAGGAUGACCUUGGAAAGGGUGGCCAAGAACUCAGUCUUGCUACUGGCAACGCCGGGGGACGAUUGGCAUGUGGUGUGGUUGGUUUGACUCCAAUUAUGAAGUAAAGGUAGCAGCUCUUUGUUUGGAAUCACAGAGUGCUAACAUUGUAUCCUCACAUGGCUAAUACUAUACCUGAAUGUAUAUGUAUUGCCAGACAUUGUCAAUGAAAUAAAUUUGAGGUUGCAUGUACACUUCCUAAAUGUGGUGCCAUUCUUGGAUGCAUUGUAACUGGAGAAUCUAUUUCCAACCUUUGGAGUUUUAGCUGUAAGAAAUUGUAUUCACUAGUUAUAGACUUGUAUCAGAAGCCUGGGUUUUGCUCAUAAUUGCAUCGUUGUGUUUCGUUUGGUU